AAUAUGUGAAAUAUCAGAGAAAUAAUCAAAUACCAGUGCCGAAGCAAAAAUCAAAAAUUUUUUUUAAAAAGUUAAAAACAAUAUUAUUACACAAAUGUGUCAAAAGCCACGGGACAGUAAUUGAACAUUUAAAAAAUAAUAAAAAAACCCACAGCAAAACCGUAAAAUAAAAAGUGCAGAGUUAAUAAAUGAAAGAAAAGUUAAACAAAACGUAAAAAUAGUUGCCUUAUCGUUGAAAAAUAAAAACAAAAACAUUUGCAAAGAAACGCUUCCUUGUUGAAAACUGAAAAGCAAUAAUCAAAAUCCUAUGACAUAAAUGAAUUUUAAUGUAAACACAUACACAUAUAUUUUUGCUACAAAAGAAACAAAAGCUAAAGCAACAAACACAAACGUGAAUUAUAAACAGUCGUUAAUACAAUUACAACAAAUACAACAUGAAAUGUGAGAGCAUGGAUUCUUGUACAUUUUGUGAAUUGUUCGCAAUGCGACACAACAACGCACAACUACUACAUCAUCAGCAACAGCGGGACAACUGCUGGCACAAAAUGCUGCGCCCCAACUCGAGUCCAAUGGGCCAGCAUCAACAGUUGCAACAACAACAAACAGCGCAGCAACAACUACAUCUACAGCCACAGCAGCGUUGCUCCAGUGUUGGCAGCACCGGCAGCAGCACUUGCGACACGCUUUCCUCGCUGUCCGGUUCGGCGCUGUCACCAACGAUCAAUAGCAGCACCAAUCUGAGCAGUCAGCCGAGCAGCAGUGAGCGCUACAGCAUUUGGCAGCAGACAGUAAGGAGCAUUGCAGCCGGCACUGCUGCACCCCCCAUGCCAACGUAUUCUAUGACAGGCGCCCCGUUAGCGCCGAUUCCUUUGCUGCCAACACGGCCAGUGGCGCAAGCAACACCACCACCACCAACAACCAACGUACCAGCACCGGCUACGGCGGCGGUUGGCGGUAUUGGUGCUGCGGCGAUAGCUGCCAAGUUGGCCGAGUCGUUUAAGUUAUUACAUCAACAGGCGCAUCAGUUUCGUGAUAUGCUCUAUGCGGCGCAUUUGCUUGGACGAGGCUAUUACCAACCUGCCGGUCCAUUGAUCUCACCACACGUUCUACCACCCGUCGCUACUGCACCACCGCCGCCUCCUAAUGUGCCACUUCUACCGACUGGUGCUGCUUCCGCUUCCGCCUCUUCUAUCAAGAAGUCACAACAAAUACCCGCACCGCUUAGCUCCGAUCCGGAGCUUGCAGCCGCCCAACAACCACCACCAUCAUCGGCCGCAACCGCAGACAGCGCAGACGGUGAUGUGCUUAUCACUGGCGGCGACUUGACACCCUUUCGCUAUCCGCCGGCCGCACACAGCGGCGCGCCCACCACCCAGCAUCAGCAGGUGCAGCAGCAACAGCAUCAACAACAGCUACAUCAGCAAGCUGCCGCCGCAGCUGCUGCAGCUGCUGCUGCUGCGGCCGCCGCCGCUCAUCAGAGUUCUCCAUAUUCACGCUCGAUGCAUGCACAGAUGCACUAUUCUACAGCGUAUCCGGCCAACUAUUGUACGCCUUAUCCAGUGGAAGCGGUUUGCUAUUCACCGCCCGCCUAUCAGCCCUACUUUCCGACCAAAGUUUAUCAGAGCGCAGGACCGCCACCACCACCUUCCACAUACCGACGCUACCCGUACUAUCAGCCCGGCCAUCCGCCACCACCGGCCGAACUCUACGAACAGGGGCCACCACCACCGCCGCCGACGGCGGCCAGUAGUGCAGCACAAGCUACCGGACCGCCACCGCCUACGUCUAUUCAGGGACCACCACCAACAGCACCGCCCCCCGGAACACAACUUGUGCCGGCUGGACCGGCAGCACACGCACAACACCUCGAGCACUAUCCGGGACCGCCAGGCUACUACACCGGCUAUAGUCCAGGCGCUGGCGCUGCGGGGCAGUGUUACACGCGCAGCAUACAGGGACCGUAUAUGGAAUAUCCACCACAGUGUCCGUGUCCAAUGCAACAAUCGUGUCCAAAAAACGUCCAUACUGGGCCUCAUAUUGGUAGCAACAACGGCAGCAACAACAACAACAUCAGCAACAGCGGCUCGAACAGCCACAACAGCAGCAACAGCAACAAUUGUUCGGCGAUGAGUCAUUUGAGCAACAACAGCAACAAUACGCUGAUGAAUGGCAACAGCGACCACAACAUCAGCAGCAACAACAAGAGUUCGAAUAUGACGAACCACAGCCAGCACAGCAGCAACAGCAACAACAGCAGCAACAGCUCGGUCCACAAUUCAGUGGCUACCAGUAGAGGUCCAGUAAAAAAAUCGACGACGACAACCCUAACAACAACAGCAACAAUUACCAGCGCUCCAGUAACAGCAACAGCCGUCGCGCUAGCGGCAACAACACCAACCCAAAUCGACGAAUUGCUACUAUUCGGCAAAGAACAGUCACAACAACAUUUGGAUCUGUUACAGGUGGUGAAGUCCGAGCUAAAAUUAGAAGACUCGGACAACAAAAGCCAAUACGAAGAGAGCGUGGUCCAGCCACCGACACCGCCAGAGAGCUACACGACCAACGACGAAAAGUUAUUGGAUUCGCUAACCGAACACGAGUUGUCAUCGGCGUCGCUGCCGGCAGCUCUUGAAGAGGCUAACACAAAGCUGCUCUUGUGCACUAACAAAAAUGACAGCAAGUUAACAGUUGAUAGCAGUAGGCAGAAACAGUCAAAACAGAAAUUGGCCGGCAACAAUAGAAAUAUUGCGGCGCCAGUACUUGAAGCUUACGACCUGACCACAGCGACAGUGACGCCACCACCGUCAACACCAAUCACUACCACAACAACAACAACCAUUAGCAACAAUACCAACGCCAACGCCAACACCACCAGCUCCACCGCAUUACCGCUUUUGGGACGCAAAGCGCGCAUUGGCAAAACGAUGGCGCGCGAAAUGGUGUACGCAGGCGCAGCAGCGAAGUCAAAGCAGCAACAGUUACAUACACAGCGGCAACAACAGCAGCAGCCAGCGCCGACACAGUUUGUUGCGUUACAACCCGAGCAGCUGCUAAAUGCUAUCAGCCCUUCACCUCAAGUGCCAGCGACGCUAAACGAGUCCUUUCCUGUAACGGCGACAAUCCAGUCACCACUGCAGGCACCAUUUCUGAUUAAGACGGAAAUAAAGGCAGAGAAAAUUAAGCUGGAAGACGAAGAGCAGUUGCUUAGCUCUGUGCUGCAGCUGCAACAACAGCAGGAGUCUAACCAUGACAAAGACAGUGAAAAAGCUGAAGUGAAGCUAAUCAAGGCUGAGCCGCUCACAUUGGCCUGCGAAGAAGUGACGGCCGUAAUGAAUGAUGUCGCCGAUAAUACGACACUUAAGCCGUUAGGUCGCAUGCGCCUUUUACCUAGUUGGCAGCAGCCGCCAGUCAUUCAGUGCGACAUUGACCUCUCUACGACCUCAGACGAUGACGUGCUCGAUCUCUGCCAGAGUCCGACCACAUCCACCUCAGGCUGUGGCCAAAAGCCACGUCUCAAAAUUCUUAACCUACCCAAGGCACAGCAACUGUGUAAGAAAUCAUCGCCGAAUGGCUACAAAAGUCUCAUUAAACAAACUGAACCGCGAACCUAUUUGUGCCUAAGUGGACGCAAGUUGGAUAAACGCGGCCGCUACAGUAAACUGCAAAUACGGCAGUCUGGUAAGGCUGGUGGCGUUAAUGGCACAAUCCGUCGGCGUCAAUUAGUGCUCACUGAUCAGCAGAAGAAGCAGCUGAAACUGCGUAAGAAAAAAUUGCAAGCACUGGAACGCCGCAAGCAGGAAGUGCUGGAGAAGCGGCGCGCAGCUGCCAAGCAAGAGCGUUUGCAGCGGAAGAAGCAGCUGAAGAAAUCACUAGCUGCGAGCGGUAUAAAACAAGAAGAAAUCGAACCAUGUCUCGAGGAGAUCGUCGAUUUAGUAGAGGAGCCAGAGCAGACCGAAAGCGAAUUCAGUGAACUCACACAGCCGGAAGUGCCAACAAUGCGCAUGCUGCUAUCAGAGAGCAGUAGCCUCAGUAGUGGCAGUAAUAGCAAUAGCAGCAGCAGCAUGAGUACACUCAGGAUCACACCGAAACCUUCACCAAAGCGCGGCAAACCACCGCGUAAAACUUGCGUUCCACUACAUUUGCUCGAAACCAUCGACUCCGUGGCGCGUGGUUACUUCUCUGAACCUGAAACAUCACGUUGCAGUGGCGCGCAAAACCAUUACACUAGUUGUGAUCCGGCUGACAGCGAACUAGUCUUGGAUAAGACAGUGUCUGAACGCAAGCAAAAGAAAGACAAAAAGUCGAGCGCGGAAAAACGCUCAAAGUCUGAGACAAAGAAGCCUAUCAAAACCGCCGCUGCAUCCGAAGUUACUGAUGUCGCCCAAACGCUUACAACGGCGCGUGCCAAAAAAACUACCUCAACAACAGAACCUGCGUCAGCAUCGUGCGAUGUGGAACGCAAGGCACCCUUAGAUUUGAUGCAAGGAGCUACGUAUGCCGAGCCUGCGGCAGCGCCAAUUGAGACUGUUAGCAACUCCAUUAGCACAAAUAAAUCAACAAAGUCGAAGCGCACGCCGGCAAAGCGAAAAACCGCUAAAGCGAAGAAACCGAAAAAACAAACUGGAAAUAAGAAAAAAGCCAGCGCGAAGUCAAAACAGCAAGAAAGCGACAACGAGAUGCCUGUUUUGGAGAUGGAUGCGGCGGCGCCGGUGCACGCUGCUAAUCAGCUUUCUUUAGAAACAAAUAACAACGUUUAUGACAAAUGCCGCGCAGAAAAUGCGUCGACGGAUGAAGCGGACAGACACGCACAAAUGGAAGUAGAAGCUGACGACUAUGAGUCAUCAGCGAGCGCGUCACAGGAAAUCACUCAAUUACAGCAACAACAGCCGCCAAUCGAGAAACAUUCCAAUGCACAAGUGUUCCUGCCGCCUGUACCGCCAAUGCCGCGCAUUGUUUGCCAACCGCAUCAUGGCACUAAGCGCACGCGUUCACGAUCCAAAUUCGGUAGCCGCAAACGGCAGAAGGUGAAACAUUCCACCGUCUCAUUUGAAUUAGACGAUCGGUUGCCGCCAGCAAUACGCGGCGAUGUGGUGCCGAAAUGGAACAACGGCUGGACAUGGGAAGGUGAGCCAUUCCAAGGCGCGGUAUUCUUGAAUAGCGACGAUCCGCUAGUCAUACGCACCUGCUAUCCCGCCAUGCGGCAUUCGGAGGGCGACAUAAUCCGCACACGCGACUGCGUACUGCUCAAAGCGAAUGAGGAUAAUGAUUUGCCCUAUGUGGCGAAGGUGGCGCAUCUCUGGGAGAAUCCUGAAGACGGUGAAAUGAUGAUGUCUCUGCUAUGGUACUACCGGCCUGAACACACCGAACAAGGCCGCCAGCCCAAUGACAGUCCCGACGAGGUGUACGCGUCGAGGCAUCGUGAUCACAACUCUGUUGCCUGCAUUGAGGAUAAAUGCUAUGUACUCACUUUCAGUGAAUACUGCAGAUAUCGCCGCCGCUUGCGCGCCGCUGAAGAGGACAUCGAAGAGGAGGUCUCCAUUGUGCCGAAACGACCCUGUUUUUAUAGCAUACGCACCGUGCCUGACAACACCAAUCCCGAGUUGGUCAUGUUCUGCCGGCGCGCGUAUGAGUUUCGCACAAGGCGGCUGCUGAAGAUGCCUAACAAGCAGGACUACAUUGUCGUGAACGACUAAGCAGGCAGCAAUGAAAAUAUUCCGCUCAGCAUUCGCACUGUGAAGGAGCAACUACAGCAAGUGAGCACGAUGCGUGCCACUCGGACUCACUAAAAUAAUAAUGAGGUUAGGUAUAAUAGAAACAAAAACAAAAUGAAAUAGUAUUGUAUUUGUGGUUUUAAACAUUUUGGCAUGUCAUAUAGGGUGCUAUAAAAGUAUAUAAAUGAGAUGUGCUGUUGAAAUUAGUGCGAAGGGUCAUUAGGACUUUCUCGAGUAAUUUUUUUUUUUGCAUUAAUUAUUUUUAAGCGAAAUUGUUUAAGUGACUUAUUUUAAAUUUAUUCUUCUUCUAUUUUACGUUUGUAUGUGUAAGCUUUACUCGAUGUACGGCUUUUUCGCCAAUGUAUUUGCAUUAUUUGCCCUACUUUCCGCGUCGUUUCUUAUUACAUAAUAGCAAACGUAUUUAUAUAGAAAUAUUUUCCUUAUCAACUUACACAAAACAAAUGCUGAGUGUAGUUCUAUUUUUAAAACAAACUAUUAUUGUAAGCAAAGAAUUAUGUAUUGCAGAAAAUAGCAAAAAAAAACUAUUAAUAAGUGAAAAUUUUUGCGUUGCAUUACUGGAAGUUAAUCACGCUGAGGAAUGGAAAUUUAACCAAAAAUGAGUAAAACACAUACAUACAAAUAUUUAGGAAUAUUUAAACGGUGUAGCGCAAGCGUAUAACUGAAAGGAAAAAAACUGCAAUUAUAACAAAAACAAGGGACAGGGCGACUAAAAGCAAACAUUAAGUAACAAAAACUUUAUGAGAAGUAAAUAUUAAUUAAAAAAUGUAUUAAACAAAAAAUAGUCAGUUUAGUUGUAAGCAUUAAGCGUUUAAAGAAUUUAGUAAACCGUAGUUGGUUUCUUCAGUCAAAAAGAAGGCAAAACAUAAAGUUUAUAAGGAUCAGUGAAUACAUUUUUUUCUGAAAUAUUUUGCAAUUUUAUAGAUGAAUAACCUGAAAAUAUUUUGUGCUUUAUUUCAAUUUCUGCUAUUUUUUGUUUUGGAGUUGUGCUUUUGCACUGAAACCCCCAAAUAAUUAUGUUAAAAAUUGAUUACUAAAAUUUUGUUGGCAAGUGUUUUUGCAGCUUACAACAACUUUAUAAAUUUAAGAAUAAAUAAGAAAUAUGAUUCGUUUUAAUUUUUACUUUUUUGAACUGAAAAAUUACGUCAUACAUUUUUAGAUAUAAAGAAAAAAAUGUUUAUAUUCUUUAUAUUAUAUUAAUAAUAUAUAAACAAUAACAAUGAGCGCUUUCGAAGCCUUUAAGGGGGUGGCAGCAUGCCAUCAAGUAGAGCAUCAAGUAGAAAUCACUUCUAUGGAUUUAUUUGUAAAGACAAAACAGCGAGAAAUAAUCAAUUUAUUUGUCCUGGUGAAAUUAUUUUAAAAUGUUCAUAACACAUAACAACUUUUGAAUUUAUUCAGUACAAAAUUUCAAUUUUCAAAAAACCACUUUAAAUGUUAGUAAGGGUAUAUUCAAUAACGCAUUAUAAUGCGCAACGUACUUUUGCAGUGUUGGCAAUGCGUUCAGAAAUGCAAAUAUGGCAGUACUGCAUAUGCAUCGCGUUCCAAAACGCCAUUUUUGUAUCAAACGUCGCGCAUUAUUUGCAGGAAAAAUUUCAAUACUGCCAAUCUAUCAAUUGCAACACUUGUCACAUUGGCAGUGCUGCCAGCGCUGCAAUUACUGCGCAUUUAUAAUGCGUUUCUGAAUAUACCCUAAUGCAUUUCGUAAUUCAAUUUUGUGCUUGCAUCCGAAUGUAGCCGUCGAAAGAAACAAAAACAAGGCAGCUGGUCUACGCUACCACUUUUAAUAGAUGCGCUUUGGCGGGGAUUGUGCGCAUUUAUGCUAAAUUAUUUCAGUUGCCAUUUAUGCACCUGCUGCGAAUGGCAUUAUUACUUUAAUGAGUUAUCGUAGAAAAUAUAAACUUUUUUUACCAAACAAAAUAACUAAAAAAAAUCUUAAGUGCAAUAAAAAUUAUUGCAUGCGAUUUUUCGGGCAUAUAAGACAUUUAAAACUUUUUCAAAUCAAACCAAGCGCAUUGGAAGCUGCGGAUUUCGAGUCUUUGCGUAAAAAGUUUAUGAGUAUGAAUACAGCAAAUUUCUUUAAUUUUUGAAAACAAAAUUUCCAGCUGAAAAUGGCAAAAAAUAUAUGCGUAUUCCAAAUUGGUUGUACAGUUAAUUUAUUGCAAAUAAAAUUAAAUUUCCUUUUUUAAUACAAUUCGCUCUAAAAUAAGAUUAAUUCCUAUUCAUAUUCAUUGAAAGUAAAAAAAAUACGUUUUAUAAGUUGGCGCAUUACCCCUAAAUUAAAAGAAAAACUAUUUCGAAAACGAAAUUUAUGUAUAUGCUUAAAAGGAAAAAGAUUGAGUAUUUACAAAAAUUUAAUUUUUAAUUCUUAAUAUUUUAAUUUUGAAUUAUUAAAUUUUUUUUUCUCUAAAACAACAUAAGCGCAGGAAAUUCGAAGUAUUUAUAUAAAUAAAGUUUAUAUGCAGAAAAAAGCAAAAAAAAAAACAAAUACAUCUGAAUUUUCGUCGCAUUAAUACCAAAUUAAAACAAAAAAUACUAAAAUACUAAAUACUAAAACGAAAUAUAUGUGCUCAAAAUGAAAAAGAUGGCCUACUUAAAACGAAACUUAUUUAAUUAAAAUUUAAUUUCAAAAAAAUUUAAUCUAAUUAAAUUUAAUAAAUUUAAAAUAAUAAAAUUUUAUCUUAAAAAAAUUCAAUCUAUUGUAAAUAAAAUUAAAUUAAAAAAUUUUAAAAAUUUAAAAUUUAAUUUCAAAAAAUUUAAUCUAAUUAAAAUUUAAUUUAAAAAAGUUUAAUCUAAUUAAAUUAAAUUUAAUUUAAUAUUUAUAAAUUUCCUCUUUCACUCUAAAAUAGGCGCGGCAAAUUUGAAGUAUUUAUAUGUAUAAAAUUUUAAAGCAUAAAAGCAAAACAAACAUUGUUGAACCAGCUAAAACUUGUCAAAUAUAAAACUAUCAAUAUAUAUUUUUUGAAAAAAAAAAAAAUGAAAAAAAUUACGUUUCCUUAAUAUUAGCUCAUUAAUAAAAAUUAAAAAGAAAACUAUUAUAGGUAUUAUUUUCUAAAUUCGACCUUUUACUAUAAAAUAAUAGUAAGCGCAGAUAUGUUUUUUGGAAAUAAAAUUAUUAUAUUUAAACGAUAUUACAUUUUUUUUUUUCAAAUAAAAUUCUUAUGUUUAAACGUAAAGUAAUAAUUUCUAGUUGACACUGAACAUAAAUAUUUUGUUUUCGAAAAAAGCUAAAAUUAUCAAAGUGCGCUAAGACAAAAUUUUAAUCAAAUGAUGCGUAUAUUAGUGGAAAUUUAACCCAUUAGUGGUAUUUUAUAAAAAAAUCUAAUUUUCAUAUUUAUUCUGAAAUUUAUUAUAUUUUUUGUUUAUUCUUAAAUUUAUAAAAGUGUGUCUGAGUCUGAGUGACACAGUUCAGACCCAAUUAACACCAAAAAAUCCCAUUUUGAUACACUUCUUGUAGAACCACUAAUUUGUAUUCGUCGAACCAUCUUGAUUUGACUAUGAAUCGUCUAUUUUCUUUUCUGCAAUUUCUUUCAAGCUGACCAUCGAGAAUUCCCCCGCCAUUCUCUGAUGGCGUAGAGCACUCACACUUGGGCACUCAGACAGAUAGUGAAAGACUGUUUCCCUAAAACCGAACAUAUUUUUUAUCUUUUAUCUGAAUAACCAAAAAUUUAUUUUCUGUUUCUACUUUCUAUAUAUUUUAUUACUUUUCCUCAUUGCUUGUUAACAUUUUUUUUUUAAUUUUGAGGCUUUUCAUUUUUUUUAUUUUUUACUGAUUACUAAAUUUUCAAUUUUUGUGUGGAAAGUGGCACAAAAAAUUGUCUUUGAAUAAUCCCUACAAACAAUAAAUUUGAGAAUCAAAAUUUAAAUGACGUAAGGAAAUACAACAAUACCUAAAACAGCAAAUAAAAAAUAUGACUUGGAAAAAUGAAUAUCAAAAAAGAGCAGCAAAUAAGCACAAAAUAUUACAGUAGAAAAGAAAAUGCAAAAACAAAAAAAAAACAUAUUUUUACAGCAGAAACUAAGCAUAAAAACACAAAAGUGGUGCAAGCAAGUCUUGAAUGACUUGGAAUAAAAAAACAUAAAACAAAAACAACAAUGUCGCUAUUCCAGUCUAAUUUUAAAUGUUAGCAAAUUUUUUCUACAAUUCACCACUCUCUGGAAUGGGGCUAUGUAAGAAGAGACCAUAGUCAUAAUUGACAAAAAAACAGAAACAAUGCAAUGAGUAUGCAAAUUUCCUUUAUUCAUAUAUACCUACAUACAUACAUUUACAGUAAAUAGAAAAUAAUUUUUAACAGAUAUAUACAAAAGUACAUUUGUAUGCAUUAUGCGCGGCUGUUCAUUUGUAUCAUAUAAGCACAGGCAUACAUAUGUAUGUAUUUUAUAGUUGUAAUGCCUAUGAUUUGUUUUUGAUUUUACGCGACUCAAGUGCUAAAUAUGAAAUAUUUCAACACUUCUGCUGCAACAUUUAUGCACAUACAUACAUGGAUAUACUCGUAUAAAUAUAAAUUUUCUCUUUACCUAUGUAAGCAUAAUUUUUAAAAUAAUUUAAUUGAAACAAAGCAAAUUUCAUUAAUUAAGUUUUUACGAUUUUUUCAUUUUUAUUUAAUUCGUUGAAUUCUUAUAUUUAUUUGUUUAUACGAUAAUUUAUGUUUGUGGAAAUAUAAUUUCGCCAGACUUAUAAUUUAAUUAUUGUUUAUUAAUAAGUUUUUGUGUAUGUAGUUUCAUUAAAGAAAGAAAAAAAAACGGCGUGAUGCAGCGCAAAUUUAUUUAAAUAUAAUUCUUUUUUUUUUGUGCAACUGGCCACCCUAUUUUGCUAUUAUGUUAAUAAAAAUAUUAUCAUAUUGAAUUCA